UCCAUGGCCCCGACGGGAGGCGCGCCGCCCGCCCCCGGAGCCCCGCUCCCUGCCUGAGCGCGGCGGCCGCCUCGGCCCCGCGCGUCCUCGCCCCUCCGGCCGCCGUCCCGCGGACAUGACCGCGUAGCCUCCUCCUGGGCUGGGAUUUGCUCGCAAGUCUUCUUCAUGGAAGCGAUGUCCCCCCAGCAGGAGACUCUAGGGGGGCAGCCGGGGCGCUCCUCUUCCCUGACAGGAGUGUCUCGACUCGCGGGAGGCCCCGGCACCAAGAAGAAGAUGAAAACACUAGCAGAAAGGAGGAGGAGUGCUCCGUCUCUUAUCCUGGAUAAAGCCCUGCAAAAACGGCCUAGUACCAAGGAAAGUCCUUCUGCUAGCAUGGACACAUGUGCAUUUCUGUCAUCAUUUGUGUGCUCCAGUAGGACCCUGCUAAUUGAUGGCCGGGUAGAACUCAAAAGAGGCCUGCAGAGGCAGGAGCGGCAUCUUUUCCUGUUCAAUGAUCUGUUUGUUGUGGCCAAAAUCAAGUAUAACAACAACUUUAAGAUAAAAAAUAAAAUAAAAUUAAGUGACAUGUGGACAGCAAGCUGUGUGGAUGAAGUGGGAGAAGGCAACACCAAUGCUAUGAAAUCCUUUGUCUUGGGCUGGCCCACAGUGAACUUUGUGGCCACUUUCAGUUCUCCAGAACAAAAGGACAAAUGGCUUUCUCUCCUUCAGAGAUACAUCAAUCUAGAGAAAGAGAAGGACUACCCGAAGAGCAUUCCCCUCAAAAUCUUCGCCAAGGACAUUGGGAAUUGUGCCUAUUCUAAGACUAUAACAGUAACGAAUUCAGAUACAGUGAACGAAGUCAUCAACAUGUCUCUACCAAUGCUAGGGAUAAGUGGCUCUGAGAGAGAUUACCAAUUGUGGGUCAAUUCUGGCAAAGAAGAGGCACCAUACCCACUUAUUGGGCAUGAAUAUCCCUAUGGAAUUAAAAUGAGCCAUCUUCGAGACACUGCGCUCCUGACACAGGGAUCAAAGGACUCCACCGCCCCUUCCAACUUCCAAGAGCCCUUCCUCAUGGAACAGCUGCCCCGAGCAAUGCAGUGCCAGUUCAUCCUGAAGCCCAGCCGCCUGGCUGCGGCCCAGCAACUGAGUGAUUCAGGUCAGAAGACAUUUAAAAGGAGAAGAUCUAUCAUAAACUGGGCCUUUUGGCGGGGUUCUAGCAUUCACCUGGAUAACUUGCCCGUGUCGCCAACAUCUCCUAUGUCAGGACAGCUCUUUGGGGUUUCUCUGCCACAUAUUUGUGAGAACGACAACCUGCCCAAACCUGUCUUGGAUAUGCUUUGCUUUCUCAAUCAGAAAGGACCCCUCACAAAAGGCAUCUUCAGACAAUCAGCCAAUGUGAAAUCCUGCAGAGAGCUGAAAGAGAAACUGAAUUCUGGAGUUGAAGUACACCUAGACUGUGAAUCUAUUUUUGUGAUAGCGUCUGUCUUAAAGGAUUUUCUACGAAAUAUUCCAGGAAGUAUUUUUUCAUCAGAUCUCUAUGAUCAUUGGGUCUGUGUCAUGGAUCAAGGAAAUGAUGAAGAGAAAAUAAAUACAAUUCAAAGGCUAUUAGACCAGCUUCCGAGAGCCAAUGUUGUUCUCCUAAGGUAUCUUUUUGGGGUAUUACACAACAUUGAGCAACAGUCCUCAUCCAAUCAGAUGACUGCCUUUAAUUUAGCCGUGUGUAUCGCUCCAAGCAUUCUUUGGCCUCCUACUUCCUCCAGCCCAGAACUAGAAAAUGAAUUUACAAAAAAGGUUUCUCUGCUUAUACAAUUUCUGAUUGAAAAUUGCUGUAGAAUAUUUGGAGAAGAAAUCACUUCCCUCUUGGGAGAGGUUUCAGUAAGAUGUGAUACUAGAGAGAAUGCCUCAGAUAUCUCUUGCUUCCAACUGAAUGACUCUUCCUAUGACAGCUUGGAAAAUGAGCUAAAUGAGGAUGUUGAUGCUCCUUGUAGUGACUUGGUAAAGAAACUUGGUCAAGGUAGCAGAAGCAUGGACUCUGUGUUAACCCUCAGUGAUUAUGAUCUCGACCAGCCUGAGGUAGAAGGCCUUUUAACCCUCAGUGACUUUGAUUUAGACCAUUCUAAAGAUGAAGACGUUCAAAUGGAACGGCCUCUUGAAUCCAAGCCAGUGAACAUUACAGUAAUGUACACAAAGGGCCGACUGCAGGAUCAUGCCAGGGCCCCAUCUGCCAUGAGCACACCCAGCUACCUGUCCACAGCUGCAGCAGAUGCUCCGAAAAGCCUGAGGCGACACCGGCGCUGCUCGGAGCCCAGCAUUGACUAUCUAGAUUCAAAGCUUUCCUAUCUCAGGGAGUUUUAUCAGAAGAAGCUGCGCAAGUCCAGCUGUGAUGCAAUUCUCUCGCAAAAGGACGAGGACUAUCUGAAGCAGAAUCAACCCCUCCAGGAAGAGGGUAAGACAUGUUUUAAAAAGAGUUUAGUCACAGGCACUGAUAUCAAGAAAAAUGCCACUAAUAAAAAUGUUAAGAAGAAAGGCAUAUCUGGUAAUGAAGGAAAUCAUGUGAAACUUUUCCCUAAAUCCAAGCCAGUGGCCAUUUCUGUGGCAUCCUGUAGUCACAUGUCCUCACAUGAUCAUCCCAGGAGCCAGCCCUUUGAAGCAGAUGCAUCUGGCUACUCCCCGCCACACACAGCAGAUGCUCUCAAGAGUUCAAGGAGGCACCGGCGCUGCUCAGAGCCCAGCAUUGAUGACCAGCACUGCAAACUGACGUAUCUCAGGGGGUUUUAUUCAAAGAAACAACAUAAAACCAGCUAUGAAUCCAGUCUCUUGCAUGGAGAGGAAGAUUAUCUUAAGCGGCACAAGUCUUUGCAAAUGGAGGGGCAAAAGCUUAUUAAUCAGAGUUUGGUCAUGGGGAUUGAGGUGGGCAAAAGUAGUGCCACAAACCAAAACACUGAGAAGAUUUUACCCCCGAGAUUAAACAUCUGCCCGAGGACUAGCUAUUCCAGCUUGUCCUCCCCAGGCACUUCCCCAUCUGGCUCAUCAGUGAGCUCCCAGGACAGUGCUUUUUCUCAGAUUUCAGAACACUCUGUGUUUACACCCACUGAAACUUCCUCUCCCAUAGAUUGCACUUUUCAAGCUCAAAGAAAACAGGAAGAGCUUUCUUCUGACUUUAGCAGUUCCAGCCUCAUUUCUGGAAUGCCUGGUCCUUCAUCAGGGCAGGCCAGCAGCCACCUGGCUUAUACAAAAAAGGACACUGUAGAGUGGCAUUCACAAAUGCAUUCUGUAACUCUUCACCCCAGCACAUGGUUGAGAAAUGGUGUGGCCAGUUUGAAAAAUUGGUCCCUGAAAAAGAAGGCAAAGGCAUACAGACCAGAGGAAAAGAAAACAGGAUCUCUACAAGGACCCAUGGAGGUACCUCCACAUGCUUCUGGUGUUCCAGAAGCCAACUCACUGCAAGAGAGACAGAAAGACGUGCCCCUAAGGGCAGCUAAAGGACUUGGAGCUGUGCAAACAGCCCAGCGGUAUAAUUCUCAACCCAGCCAGGACUCAGAGAAACACUGUUGCUCUCCAUUCAUCCUAGUGGAAGACAGACUCAAGCUUUGUACACAGUCACACGAGGAAGGAGAGAUAAGUGGGCAGUGCUCUCCUGGUGCUCGGCCUUGUGAACAAUCCUCACCCAGCUCUUUGACUGUGGAUGAUGUGACCAGCCCAGAUUCAGGGCCUACAGUGGUUUGCGAUGUUGGGGACAGACAUUUAACCAAAGACAUUUAAUCACAAUAAGAAUCUGAUGUCUACAAGAACAGAAACUGGGCUAAUAAUGACAUAAAGACAAUAAUUAUUAUGACCCCUUUGUAUAAAAUACUUGGGAUGGGUAGCAUAAGGGUAAUCAUCGCUAAUACUUAGGACAACAAAAGAAUUCUCUUUAUUGAGACUAUUUGGCAAAAAGGUUAGACUACAAACUUUCGUCACCUAAGGAGGCUUUUCCCUAUUUUUUCCUUAUUAGAGCGUGAGACUGGUCCUGUCAUGUGUUUUUAGAGAUACUAGCACAGGGCUAGAGGAAACAUCUUCCAUAGAGGAAUCAAGCCUUAUGUGAGAUUAGUAUCCUGAGAAGGCCAGGAUGUCAUAAGUGAGGAACAAGGACUGUGGAGAGAGAGGAAAGGUGCAGAGAAACCAUCCACAUUCCGUGGAAUGUUUUUAAUAAGUAGACAAGAAAAAUUCCCCUAAGCAAAGCAUCAAGAAGAAAAGCAGGUCCAGGAAUGAAGGAAAUCAUGUGAAACGUUUCCCUGAAUCCCAGCCAGUGGCCAUUUCUGUGAUGUCUUGCAGUCACAUGCCCUCACAGGAUCCUUCCAGGAACCAACCCAUUGAUGCUGCUAGACUGGAGAAAACUAGGAUGAUUCAAGAGCCGUGGGUACCAUGAUGUCAUAGUUUCUUUGUUGGUUACGUUCGUUUAUUUGUUCUCCUUUAGUGUUGCAUUGUUCUGCAAAGCCUCCAGGAAACAGAGCUGUGAGGAGAAAGAAGGAAAUGGUUGCUCAUUUCAGUGUCCUUUCCAAAGGUGCCUGUGCUAGGAACAUUCUUCAGAAACACAACCUUUCCUAUUAGAAGGUGAGCUUCUGACAGCAUUCCCUGUGUUGGUGUAGAGGGAAAGGCUGCAGCAAUAGUCCUUUCUCUAUGACACAAAUGCUCUUGCCAACACGUGAUCAAGCAUGGCUCCUCUUUGCUGAAAUGUUUUUCUGCAGCCCUGCCCUUAGAUCAGUCAGCCAGAAAAAAUUCCUGGUAAGUCAUCCCUUUUUUGAUUUUCUUUUGGCAGUUGAGAGAGCAAUUUAGAGGUUGGCAGGUUAUAAAGAGUCACAGAAUAGAACACCUGCCAAAGUGGCUGUCAGGCCUUCUUUUCAGUCAUUGGCUUUGGAUUGUCUUACCUCCGGGAAUUUUUACAUACGUUUGUCCCAAGUGAUUCAUGGUUUACAGAUGGUUAAUACCCCAUUGGUUUAUUUCAUAUCCGUGGACAUUUCUCUUCUCUCUUGCCUUAAAGUUACACUAGUACGUCUCUUGAUUAUCUCCUUGGAUUAUUAGGGCUUGCCAGCUAGUCUGAAGGGAUAACAUCAGGAAUGGAUGUGCAUCUUCCCUCAUUUUAACUACUUGCUUAUGAGAAAUUGCCUAGAACCCAUUUGGUCUCUUUAGUCCACCAUCAAAAGGACCUUUCUCCCACAAACUAGCUUAUUCCUAAUUUGUUUUUUUUUAAACACCAGGAAACUUUCACGUCAAAUGUUCUUUCCCUGUUGUCCUAAAGGUUGCAUUUUUAAGUUAUAGAAAAAAUAAUAAUGUUUUCUGUAGGAUAGAAGAAGUCCUUUCAGUAUUAGCUAUAGGUGCUACCUACCUCUAGGGGACAUGACCCUGUUUGCCCUAAGCAUUAUAAUUAACCUUUAGAACUCUGUGUCCAAAGAGCUCCUUCAUGACACUGGCCAUCUCAGUCACAGAUGUGAAGUAGAUUGCACCUCAUAACCAACCACUCCUGUAUUUAGACUCCUAAGUAUCCAUAUGCAUCUUCUGUGGUAUAAUAUAUAAAGGCAACAGGGAUUCCCCCUACCCUUAGGGCAUACUACUGUCAGAACUGUAAGAUGUGAAUGAAGCUCUUAGGCUUGGAGUGUCUUUCUGAAAGAAGUUGCUUUUCUACUUAACAAAAUAAUAGUUCUAGCCUUUUUUCUUUAAUAUUGGUGGGUGGAAAAUCAUCCACCCAGUUUGAAGCAUAGAAGGAAAUAGAUACUGAGGUUCUUCAAUAACCAUUCCUACUCUCUGUAUUCCCUUAGAUACUCCUGUAAUACUUAAUGUGAAUAGUUUGUUAAUAUUGCUGUAAAGUAUUAUAUUGUAUGAUUUGAAGAUAGACUACAUGUCAUUUUAUCAUACUCGGUCAAUCUAUAAUAUAUUAGACUGAUGCUUUAUCUAAAAUGCUUUGAGUUUGUAUAAUAUAUCUUGACAAAUUUUACUACCAUAUGUUAUGUAAUAAAUGUGUAUUUUUGUACUUGCAGAAACUGCUGCUAACUUUUAAAGUUGUUUGGUUUUCAAGGCACUGAUAGUGGAUAUGUAUGAAGUCCAUGCUGUCUAUUAAAUAAAAUACCAUUCUGCAGAGUUAAUCCUC